UUUGGCAAGAUGGCGGAAGAAGGGGCAGCAGCAACUUUGGCGGCAACGGACCUGUCUUCCAGAUCAAGAUCAGGCUCAUCCUCAGGAUCCAGUGAGAGUGAUGUUUCUCCAAUCUGUAAGAUUAGCCCUCUUGUUGUGCCUGUCUCAAGUUCCACCAGGCCCUUGACACCCAAGAAGCGCCAUCGGGCCGAGAUGGAGGAGGAGGCCAGGAGACAGGAAGCUCUCUUGGCAGCAGAGAGGGCUAAAGCAGAGAGUGAAACCAAGACAUUAACUUCAAGUGACACAACUGAAGAAGAACAGGAUCUCGAUGAGAAAAGGAUACCUGAGUUGGAGGCAAACGUCCCCGCCGAAGCUGAAUCCACAUCGCCAUCCACUCCCUCAGCAGAGGCAGAAACUGCUGCUGAGGUCAAAGUGGCACCAACAGAGACAGACCAUAAAAGGCAGCCCGUGAAAAAACGAAAAGCAGGAGAGGACAGUGACGGUCCUGACUCUGUAGUGAACACCCCCGUUAAGAGGCGGGCUGCGCCCAAGAAGACCCAGGUUGCCAAAUCACCAGCAGCACCGAAGUCACCAAAGACCACCCCAAGGACACCUCCACCGCAGGCUGUAGUCACUGCGACUGGGGACGAGCCACUCGUACCAGAGGGAUGGAGGCGUGUUGUUACUCAGAGAAUGCAAGGGGGGACGGCUGGAAGGUUUGAUGUUUACAUUUGGAGCCCAACAGGAAAAAAAUUCCGGUCACGGCCUCAACUUCAUGCUUAUCUGGAAGAGACAGGCUCUUCCCUGUCUAUUGAUGACUUCAGCUUCAAGCACACAGGUUCCUCCGCCACCCCAGCCAGAUUCAGAAAACUGACGACGCCCGUCAAGCUGGAGAAGAAGAAGAAGAAGACCACCCCAAAGAAGAAAACAGUGGGAAAGUCAAAGGUGCAAAAGGUAACGCCGAAGAGGGGACGACCGAGGAAGAACAGCGCAGGUGGGACAAAGUCCCCGGGGAAGCAAGCGGUCAGCAAGGCCAAGAAGGGGAAGCAGCAGCGUAAAGUCAUGAAGCCCCCACCGGACACCGGCUCAAAGAAGGCCAGUCGGGCCCAGCAGCUGCAGAAGCUCCUGGUCAAAAUCAACUUCCAGAAGCCGGGUGACAUCCGGGAGAUGUCCGAGGACGAGUCCUCAGAGGAAGACUCUGAGGAUGACUUUGAUCCUGGCACAACCGAGGAGGCGGGCCCAGAUGUGAGUGAUGUCUCGUCGACCCCGAGUCCGCCAAGUUCAAAGAAGGGCCGGAGGCACUCCUCACCCAUUGUUUGAUAGUUUUGCUUGUAUAAAAGGUACAUUUAAUCAGUUGGCUACAUGGCCCAUGGCAACCUUAGAAUUCUGUCAGGAAUUCUAUAGGUUAUCAUCAGAGGGAGCGAUAGUUGUACAAUAACCAAGUGUACAUCUUUGUCUUUGAUAGAUCGAAAAAACAGGUCUUCAAAUUCUUCCUGCACUUACAGAUGAACCUGACAAUUAGCUCUGUCUCUUAAACAUGCAUCACCUUCAGUGGCAGAUCCUCAUGUAGGUUUAUUGAAAUGCAAAAAUACAAAGGGAGAGAGGGGGCCCAUGGCCCUCCGUGUUCCAAUGUACAGUAUUUCAAGGAACUCAGGUCCACCUUUGAUCGUAUAAUGGUUGCAGAGGCACAUAGAAGUAUGAGAUCUGAAAUACCUGUAUGCUAGCUGGCAUGCUGUGGUGUGCCCCAAGCCAACAUUUGGAACAAAUACAUGUAGUUUUCUGGACAGAAAAAAAUGUAAUGCAAAGCUUGGUAACAUUUGAAACAUUUAUUGCAAAAUUUACCACUGUGUUUUUAUUUUUUUAUUAUUAUUAUUUUUUGAGGGGGUAAGAGGAAGUUAUUUGUAACAUUGGUCCUUUUGUAUCCGUUCAAAUCAGUGUCUUUGCAGUGAUGGAAUACAAUAUCAAAUGGAAUUUACAUUUGUCUAUUUUAAGAAUCGACCAACUCAAUUUACCCCCCCCCCUAGAUAUCUAACCAUUUGCCAGAUGUUGGAAAGAUUUAACGGUAUAAUAUGGAAGUUUAGGAAACUUUUUUAGAGGUUAACUGAAGAUGAUUAAGUAGCUGUGAUAUAAACCAACAAAUAUCAAGCGGCCCCCCCCAAAAAAAAUUUGUUUUCACCAAGGCAGAAUGACAUGCGAAAAAAAAAACAACUGAAAACACUGAUUGGUUCAAUUUUUCAGCAAACCAAUGUUCAGUGUAUAUAAACAAAGCUAUUCCCAGAUUUAUGUAUAAAACUAUCUAGUGUAAAUACCGGUAGAUGGUGACAUUUUUUUAAAAUUUGGUACUUCGGAUUUACUUUUCCCCCAAUAUCCAUCUUUACAGUAUGUUGAGUUUUGGUAUUCUGUGUGAAAGGGGACAUCUGUCAGUCCGUUUCCUAGUUUAGUUUUUUUUUUUGCAAUCUGUAAAUGAACUGUCUCUUUUUUAAAUGAAAUAGAAAGAAUAGUAACAAUGUUGUUGCUUUCGCUAUAAUUAAAAACGUUUCUUUGAUAAGGAAUUAUAAGGUAUAAUAGAUUUGAUUAUGGACUGACAAAUUUCCUUUUCCAUGUAAGUGCCGUUUUGAAAACAAAAACCAUAAAAUACAUUAACGUGGAGCACCACAGUGCAUUGGCUGUAAUUUCAGACCAAUGAGGCAGUUCUAUAUUCCAACAGCGCUCGCCCAAAAUGUGUGGUCAUUUGGGAACGGACAUACGCGUGCGCGAGGUCUGCCCCAGAGCUGUAUAUAGACCAAACCGGUGACAUGAAUCAGGAAUCAUUACUGCGGUGUCUCCACGCGCAUGAACAAAAGAGAUGCACACUAAAUGCUUCCUCAUCAGCCAAUUGGUGCCUGCAGCUGCACUGCUAACCAAAAUCACGCGCUUAGGAAUGCGCGCCUGAGUGACAGGAACACCGCAUGGCCUCAGCAAAUCGGUCUACCUAGGUAUGUGGAGAGUAGCGCCAACUUCUGACCUAGGAACCAAAAUGGCUGUUCAUUAGAUGUGCAGUGCAGCAUGCAGCUGUUUUGUGUUAAUUACCCAUGUGCAUUGACGCAUGAUCCACCAUUUUGGUUCCAACAAGCAAGACACUCAUCUCGGAACUCGCUCUAUAAACAGCUUUGGUCUGCCUUAUCAGCACGGCCAUAAGCCAACUCGCGCAUGCUUGAUUUGUUCGAGCAUGGAGCUCUUCCACAACCUUGCGUUUUUGAAACUCCAAACUGUUUUCGUUGGAGACAGCAGCGGUUAAAACCAUGUCUGAUGAGCAGAAAGGCAUUACUGAGUGCCACAAUGUGUGGACUGUCACUGAAGUUUAGCAAGGGUUCAAAGGAGAAUUGUGUUCCACUGUCUGCCGAGUUCAAAAUGUAGGAUUGGACGGUAGUCGGUGAUGUCGUGCGUCAAAGUUAUUAGGGGCCUAAAAGUUACCCAUUUUUUUUUGAAAGGGCAAGAAUGAGGCCUCUUUAAAUGCAUGAAUGAAUUUUUUUUUAAUUUUCAGUUUGCCUCCCAUGCCCAAUACCUGAAUACGCCACUGGGGGUCAAACCACGCAGAGGAACAGGAGCAAACAUGUUUGGGUUUGUUUUACUGGCGUCCCAGGACUACCCAGAGCUGUGUCAUAUUGUACUGUGUAUUGGCCAUUCUCAACUGUGUAUAAUCCACAAACAGUUCAUGUUAGGCGGUGGGAAAUCUUACAAGUAAAGCACACCACAAAAAGACAUUCGCCUUUUUUUAUGGGACCCUGUAUUGUAAUUCUUAGAAUCCCUCAGAAUAUAAAUCAAGCGGGGUUGAACCAGCUUUUCCUUCUGCACAUUUUGACAUGUCAGUCGGACAGGUGGCACCAGCAUCAAUCAGACUGGUCAUCUUAAUGCAAAAAGGACAGAGAUUCCAUUGUGUUUUGUUAUAUGAUGGUAUUAAUCUGCACCCGUCCUAAACCUCACCUUAACCCUUGUAUGUGUGGGUGUUCAUUUCAUCUGGCUAUGGAAUGUAUUUUCUUCGUAUAUUAUUAAUAUUUUAAAUUUAAGAUGUGCUCGUGUAAACGGAAGCAGUCCUGCAGCGAAAGGGCUGUGUUCGAAACAAACGGAACUGAAAUUGAAUGCUGCAUGCCUAGGGGCUUUGAAAAAUUAGACUGGGAAAGCCGCAGAGAAGAAAUCUGUAUAGUAUAGGUACGCAUAGCGUAUAAGGCUGUUGGACUUCAUUAUUUUGUACAACGUGUCGUAGCGUGGACUCUGUAUUCUGUCAUUUAUUAUUUUAAGUUAGCUAUUUUAAGUGUGGUCAAUGACUUUUAUCCUUAAGCCUGUUGAUUCAGUUUAUUGUGAAUUUCAGUUUGAUUUGGUUGCUUUGUCGUUUUAUUUUUGAUUUUAGGGAGGGGUUUGCUUUGGGUUUUUGUUUCGUCUUUGUUAGUUUGAAAUUGUUGAAAACUCAAGCCGUUCUUCGUUGGGAACUAACAACCGAAUACCAUAACACCAGGUUUGCUUGAAUGCGUUUUGGGUGAAUUUUGGUCUUGUGACAGAAUGAUGCGCCUGUAAACAGAAGUUUCAUUUAUACAUUCAACUCGAGGAGAAACACAUUUUCAGCCCUGCUCAUCAAAGAAAGAAGGUUCAUGUUUAUUACCAAAUUAUAACAUUUUAAAUGUGUAUUUUAGAUGAAUUUUUUCAUUGUACAUUUCAUGCAAUACGUUCACGUGUAAGUGAUUUUGUACAUUAAUUUGACUCGGACUGUAUUUCAUUUAAUUAGGGAAUGAGCGAAAUAAAAUCGGAAUACAUAGCAUCGAA